AUGUCAUCCAUCCCUCCAGCACAAGGCUCUGACGUAACAAUCUUGAUCACAAAAGUUGACUCGUAUCCCGUUUGUACAUUCAUAGAAUUCUGGGCCAAAUUUGGCCUGGCUAGUGCCACAGAUUAUCAAUCUCUGGCGGAAAAUAUUCAAUCUCCUGUAAAUAUAUUUCAGGAGUUUGAAGGAAAUCCUGGUGACUUGUGCUUAAUUCACAUCGAUGGUACAUGGUAUAGAUCCCGCAUCGUCACAAGAAAUGGAUCCAACUGCCAAGUCUUGCUCAUUGACAAAGGGAUCACUUGUAGUACUUCCACAAAAUUAUUGGCUUGGGGAAAGAAGGAGCACUUCCGCCUACCACCUGAAGUGGAGCUUUGUGUGCUUGCCAAUAUAUGGCCACACGCCCCAGAAAACAGAUGGUCUCCAUUCGCCCUCGAAUUCAUGCAGACUCUUCGAGGCAAGACAGUAAAAGCACAUGUGCAAGAUGUACUAGUGAAACCAAGAAAAUUUCUUCUGGACAUACCAUACAUAACCGGACAAAUGUAUGAAAUGGGAUUAGCAAAGAAACUGGACCCAAGAAUGUUCUUGGAUUUUGUUCUGUUACCAGAUUCUAAAACUGAAGCUGAAAAGUUUCAUCAAACCUCCAUAGGUGAAAUUGAGCAACUACACAAGAAAGAUCUGUACAUGUUUCCAAAGUUGUCCACCGGAGCUGUGGAGACUGUUGUAGUCACUGAAGUGACCAAUCCACAGCGUAUCUUCUGUCAGUUGAAGAUUUUUACGGAAGAGUUGAAGGGACUCUCGGAGCAAAUCACACAGCGCUGCAAGGGCAGGAUGGUCGGUUGUACCGUGGGUCCUGAAAUGAUCGGAUUUCCUUGUGCUGCAAGAGCACAUGAUGGCAAUUGGUACCGCUCUCUUCUUCAACAAGUAUUUCCAGGAAGCCAACUGGUGGAAGUACUGAAUGUUGACUAUGGUACAAAACAAGUGGUUCAAAUAGAAAAUCUAAGACCACUGGCUCCGGAGUUCUUCAAAAUGCCCGUUGUGACCUACGUAUGCUCACUCCAUGGAAUUUUUGACAAAGGGGUUGGAUGGACGAGCAAGCAGAUAAACUACCUCAAAUCCCUACUCCUGCACAAGACUCUCAUUGCUAAAUUCCAGUAUCAAAGUAUUGCAGAGGGUGUUUACUACGUUACACUCUAUGGUGAUAAAAAUAUGAACCUCAACACCAUGUUUUGUUCUCAGGAGAACUCUCUGCUGGAAAGCAGAGAAACACUUUGUGAUUACCCAACUGGAAAUAUGACUCACAGCAUCCAUCAUCCACACCAGUUUCAGAUUACUGAAGGAAUCAUGCUACCCUCUGGCCUGACCAAUGUGGUUGAAGCUAAGACGGAGAGACUCGACACGGUUGAGAACAUUUUACCCGGCUCUUCUCAUGUGGCACUCGUUUCUCACGUAUCCCACCCAGCCGAGUUUUGGAUCCAAAUGCAAAACUGUGCAAACGAGCUUGAUGAAUUAAUUGAGAAUAUUUUCCAGUUGUACAAAUCUUCAGACGGUAAACAUGUGACGGAAGCACCUGCUCUGGGUGCCUGCUGUGCAGCCAAAGGGUCCGAUGGGGAUUUCUACAGAGCUAUCGUGUUAGAAGUCGGAGAAACAAAAAUCAAGGUGUUCUUCAUGGAUUAUGGAGACACAGAAGAGGUUGAUGGCAGUGACAUCAGAACUCUUCCUGAUGCGUUAAAACAAAUCCCACGGCUUGCGCUGAAAUGUUCCUUGGCAGGCCUCAGGCCAAAAGGUCUCGGAUGGAGUUCUUCUGCCAUUAAGGUUUUCAUCAGAACGAUCACAGACAAAAUGCUCAAUGUCCAUGUGAUGGAAAAACACAAUGAUACCUAUGUGGUAACAUUGACAGACCCCAAGUCCCAAGAAGAAAAAGAUAUUGGUAGCCUACUGUGUUCUUCUGGCCUUGCCGAAUACGACGAGAUGAAAACGACAUCUCGGAUCUCCACUGAAAAAUCCGAAACUGGAUUCUUGAAAGAAAGUGGGGCUUCUUUUAAGACCCAGGAUAAAAUCCAUUCCCUAUCCGAAGACCUUCAAAUGGCAAAGUUCAAGGAAAACAUGUUUACCGUUGGCAGUAUCCUUGAUGUCAGUGUGUCGUGCAUCGAGAGCCCAAAUUCUUUUUGGUGUCAACUCGUGAAAUACUCUGACAAGCUACAAUCGCUGAUGUGCGACAUGCAGGCACACUACGCGGACAGUAUUUUUGAGCCUCUUCGAGAAACGGCGUGUGUUGUCCAACACCCUCAAAGUGGAUAUUGGUACAGAGGUCUUGUGAUUCGCAAACACCAAACAACUCAUGUGACUGUUCUUUUUGUGGACUACGGUCAAACGACGACCGUCCCUCUCCACAACGUGAGAAACAUCCGUUGUGAAUUCUUAGAUCUGCCCAGUCAAGCUUUUCGCUGCGGUCUCUACAACCCCCUGGAGGUCAUGUCAGUUGAAAAAAAUUGGAACGAUAAGGGGAAAGAAAAGUUUCUCAACUUUGUCAAAACAGCUACCUCCAACUUUGUACCUUUAAAGUGUACAGUCUAUGCAGUCAUGUACAACAAAGAGAAACUAAUUGUCAACAUUGUGGACCUCGAAACUCCCUUUGAGAGCAUUUGCACCAGUAUGGCCGAACUCGCCUUUUUCACACCUGGGAGGAAGGUGCACGAACCAUCUUACCGUUUGGACACGUACUACCACUCAACACACAACGUCAAGGUCGGAACCGAAGAGCAAGUCACAGUCACGUGUGUAAACAGUGUCGGUCAGUUCUACUGCCAACUUAAGAAGAAUGCUGAUGCACUGAAGGAUCUUAACAAGACGGUCAACAAUCUCUGCAAUCAACUUGGCAAUGUGAAGCCACCAGCGUUAUUUCAAAAAUUGUGCUUUGCAAAAUAUACUGACGGGCUGUGGUACAGGGCACAAAUCAAGGCCACUCAGCCAUCCAUCCUGGUUCACUUUGUCGAUUACGGCAAUACAGCCAAAGUGGACAAAUCGGACUUGAUUCCGGUGCCCAAAGAGGCCAAUGACAUCAUGUCUGUCCCUGUCCAAGCAGUCAUGUGCCGACUCUCUGAUGUCCCACUUUAUGUUCCCAGAGAGGUGAAUAACUGGUUUGAAAAAUCUGUGACAGACUGUCAAUUCAAAGCACUAGUUUUAGCCAGAGAACCUGAUGCGAGUCUCCUGGUUGAACUUUACCACAAUGGAACUCAAAUCAAUUUGAAAAUGAAGGACAUUUUUCAACUCCAGAAGCUCACUGAUCCCUACCAGCAUCCGAAAGCUCCUCAGAAUGCAAACCGAGGCAAAGAAGCAAUGUCCCUUUCUCCUCAAGUCAUCCAAAAAGACAAUACACCUGACCCCAAACCAGCACAUCAAGCGACACGACCUUCAAGAGCGAAUUUGCAGACUGAACAGACGGUUAAAAACGCCUCCAAAGAACUGUAUCGACCACCAAAUCAUAGGCAAAAUCAGAACAAGCCCAUUCGUAAUACUGAAAAUACAGAAAAUCUCACAAACUCAACAUUGGACACCAAAUCACCACCAAAAUACGGCAACCUGCUUCCCCAAAGCGAUGAUCCAAAACUUCCUAAACUCGAAGACUUGCCCAAGAAUUCAAUCACAUUGGAUACGGAAGCAGAUGUUUAUAUUUCACAUUACAACAACCCAACAAGUUUCUAUGUACAGCUUGUGAGAGAAGAGGAUGAAAUAUUUUCCCUCCAGGACAAGCUUAACGACCCACCAUCCACUCCCAAAAUCAGCAUCACCAAGGUAGAUGUAGGUGACCUUGUUCAAGCUGUGUUUCCUGAUGAUUCCUUGUGGUACCGGGCAGUUGUGAAACAAGUGCUCUCUAAUUCUUUGGCUCUUGUAGAGUAUGUUGAUUUUGGUAACAUGGCGGAGUUAGAGUUUUCCAAAUUAGCCAAACUCAAUCAGGCUUUUGUGCAGUUGCCAAGGUACAGCACGCAUUGCAUGCUGAGUAAAGCCGAGUCUUUGGAGCCACUUGAUGCUGAGGUGGUGUCCACUCUGAAAAACCAUAUUGGAUCAAACGCGGAGAAAAUUCUGAAAUGUCAGUUUGUCCAGCUGUCCGAUGUAAAGUGGCGAGUUACUCUUGAGGAUAAUGGUGUGCAGGUCACAUGUCAGGCACCAGCAGGAUGUCCUGACAUCCCAUCGGACAGUGAGCACGAGAUGGAAAACUCAAAUUUCAAUUCUCUCUGUUAUCAACAUUUAGAAUUGACAGAGGGACAACAGCUUGACGUUUACAUCUCUGUUUUUUGUGACGCUCAUAAAUUUUGGUGUCAGCUCGCCGACUCGCUCGCCCUGGAUGAGAUAUCCGAAAGUCUUUCGGAAAUGGGAAACGCGGCUCAUGACACACCCGCUCUCUCACCUGGCACACCCUGCAUUGCAUUUUACGGAGAGGAUCAACUUUGGCACCGUGCUGAAGUACUCAGUAAAGAUGGAGAUGUGCUGUCAGUUGUGUUUGUAGACUAUGGAAACACAGCCGAAAUUCCCGGCACAGACGUGAGGGAAAUAACCCCUGACCUUUUACAAACUCCAUUACAGGCAUUUCUGUGUAAGCUUGAAGGUUUCGAUGAGUCUCAUGGCUCCUGGAGUGCUGGAGCUUUCGAUGAAUUGUUUUCAAUUGCACAAGACAAACUCUUGCAGAUGACUGUCACCAGAGAAGAUGGAAAAAACAUGUACGUUGUGAAGUUGGAGUGUGAAGGUCAGAAGUUAAAUGAGACUAUGAAAAAGUGGUGGAUGACCCCCACACUGGAAAAUAAACCGGACGUCGGGAAGCACAUGCUGGAUGAAAAACUCGACUCAAUUGAUCCGUCUGGCAAGAGAAUAGAAAAUGAAACCCCUGAGAGUGAAAACUCAGGAGGAGCUGCUCACGUUGGGAUGGAUCAGAAUUAUGCUGUAGUCACAAGUACUCCAAAGGACUUUCGAAGCCAUCCGAAUUGUCUUCACACUUCAAUUCUUUCAACUCUGGAAGAAAUGUGUGUGUCUGAUAUUCGGAGCCUAAAUGAAACAAGUGAAGAGGUAAACACGGUCGCCACUCUUUUGAUUCCUGAGAUCGAAACCAGCGUUUCGCAACUUGAUAGUGGAAUACAAGAAAAUGUGUUGCCCCUGAAAACUUUUGAAAAGAACAUCGUUGAGAGUGACCAAGACUUCGUUGAGGCCGCGAAUGAGUCUGGGAUUCCAUGGACUCCAUUUGAAGUGGCGGAUAACCUCGUGUGCGACGGCUCCGUUGUCGAGACCUGUUCUGAUGAUCCAAAUGUUUCGACUGAUGACAAGAAAGUUGCAAAUCCAGCUAUGAGUGGGAAAAAUGUGACAAUGGUCUGUCAUGAUGCUGUCGUGAACAACGUGGUCCCUGAGGAGACAGCUGUUGACACCUCCGAAGGAUGUGAACUGAUUCCAAGUGAAUCUGUUCUUGUGCCUGUUGUUCAGCAGUUACAAGGCACCACUGUAUUUAAAUUUCUUGAUGGUGAAUUCUCUCAAGCGUGGGAGCUAACAACGCUGGAUAUUAUUUGUCGAACAGAUGCCCCAGAACAGCAAAAGGAAGAUGAUGUCAUCCCACAGCAUGAGGAUACACACGCAAAAGAAAUGAACGCUGCUACAAUUCAGGAUGAGAUGUUUUUUGAAGAGAAUGCUUCUUCAGAUCCUCCUCCUUUUGACACUGACAUAUUCAGCGAGUCACAUAUCGGCACAGUUUCCGUUCCAGACGUAGCAGGUGCCUUGGCUGAGAAGGUGAUCGAUUCUGAUGAGGUGUUGACAGAUCCCGAUGAACAGAGUGAUGGCGUAAUGGCUGCGAGAAAUUGUUGUCACAUCACUGUGACACGGGAGGAAAUGGUCCCGAAUGAAGCCCUGCUUCCUUUUGAUUCUCCUAUUGAGCAAGUAAUUGCUCUAUCGUUUGACGCGGAGGCAGGAUACCACACGCAUCUCUGUCCAGACGAGAAGGAUGUUGAGGAGGUGAUCUGUCUUAUCAAAGACAUGUGCUUGGCCGAUGGCCACGACAAGCAAGUUUACGAGGCUGCCAUGCUCGACCAGGAAGAAGAGGUGGACCUGGGGAAUUGGGAUGACAAGGAUUCCAGUGAUGCGGGAAAUGCUGGUCCAUCGUCUCCUGAUGACAGUGCUGGUGAUGUCUUGUCAGACCCAAUUCAGCUGCCUGUGGUCGUUAAGGAUGAGACAGAGGAGUGAGAGCCAAUACAUUUUGUUCUUGAAGUUUUCUGUGUUUGGUGUUUGAGAGUAGCACAAAUGUUAUUAGUAAAUGUUUUGGUUUGAACUUUCCUUUUUGGUUAAUGAGCAUUGAAAAUAAGACUUUUGAU